CCCGUAUAUAUAGGUGCCAAUAUCCCCCGGCCAGCAGCCAUUCCUUCCUAUCUCCAUAUCCCCCACCCAUAUCACCACAUCACAUCACCAUGGCAUCCGUAGCACGAACACUCUUCCGCAGCACUGCCCGCGCCGCUGCCCGGCCACAGCUCCUGGCCUCUCCCAUCCGCCAGGGUGCUCGUCGGAGCUACGCCAACGCCUCUGGCUCCGCCGGCGGAUCGUCGACAGGACUGUUUGCUGGUCUGGCGGCCGCCGCUGCCGCCGCCGGUGGCGGUUACUACCUCUACAGCAAUGGACAGCUGGGACCGCUCAACAAUAAGCAGGCUACCCCCACCAUUCUGAAGCCUACAAAGGAGGACUACCAGAAGGUGUACAAUGACAUCGCCGAGCUGUUGGAGGACAAUGACUACGAUGAUGGAUCCUUCGGACCUGUCCUCGUCCGCCUCGGCUGGCACGCCUCGGGCACCUACGACGUAGAAACGAAGACCGGCGGCUCGGACGGAGCAACGAUGCGGUUCGCGCCAGAGAGCGACCACGGCGCGAACGCGGGACUGAAGGUGGCGCGCGACCGCCUCGAGCCCGUCAAGCAGAAGCACCCGUGGAUCUCGUACUCGGACCUGUGGAUCCUUGCUGCCGUCUGCUCGUUGCAGGAGAUGGGAGGUCCCAAGAUUGCAUACCGCCCCGGACGCUCGGAUAAGGACGUGGCUGCUUGCACGCCUGAUGGACGUCUUCCCGACGCCUCGAAGACGCAGGACCACCUCCGCAACAUCUUCUACCGCAUGGGCUUCAACGACCAAGAGAUCGUAGCACUCGCGGGGGCACACGCUUUGGGGCGGUGCCACAAGGACCGCAGUGGCUACGAUGGGCCGUGGACCUUCUCGCCGACGAUGUUGACGAACGACUUCUACCAGCUGCUGCUGAACGAGAAGUGGAACUGGCGCAAGUGGAACGGCCCCAAGCAGUAUGAGGAUAAGGGCUCCAAGUCCUUGAUGAUGCUGCCCGCCGAUAUCGCACUCAUCCAGGACAAGGUCUUCCGGAAGCAUGUAGAGCGCUACGCCAAGUCCCAGGAUGAGUUCUUUAAGGACUUUGCCGCAGUCAUUGAGAAGCUGUUUGAGCUCGGUGUGCCGUUCAAAGAGGGCACUGAGAAGUGGCACUUUAAGGCCACUACUGACGAGUAGAGGAGGUGGGGAUGAGGGAUGGGGAAAGGAAGUGUGAUUUUCCUGUGGAAGAUGGUUCUUGUUUUUAUAGCGAUUGUUCGAAGGAGGAGUUUGUUCUUGUUGCUAGCAUGGAAUACCUAUAUCGCCACCAUCAUCAUAAUCAUCAUCAUUGCAUGCAAUUGACUGCCCAAAACUCAUCAAUUCAAUCCACUCAUCACCCUCAUCCUCAUCAUAUGGCAACGGAAUAGUAUUCACUUCGCACACGGACACGCAACGCUAUGAUACUAUACAAUCUCAUCUUCAUCAUCUUCAGAAGUGUCUCCCCAUUUCAAAAUCUCAGCCCAGUUUUUAAUUGCCGUCGCAGAACCAAUAAAAAAACCAAAUGCAAAGAAAGAAUAGAAAUUACCCGAGAGUUAUGUAUGAUAUGUAGUAGCCGUCGUCGUAAGUUCCACACUGUACUGUCUGUCUGUCUGUCU